GAGCGGCAGUAUUUAAGAGGUCAGCUGGCGACAACCUGACGUGCCGCGCGGGCCGUGCCGUUCAGCUCUCUGCGGGUGUGGUCUGACGGCGCGGCUGUGACGGGCGCGCCGGCCGAGGCGGCACCGCCAUGCUGGCCUGGCGGCUGGCCCGGCGCGGCGGCCCGGCGGCCCGCCUGCUGCUGACGUCACCGCCACCACCGGCGACAGGUCUGCUGGCCAGCAGGGUGGUGGUGCGGGGCUGCUUCCACCCGGGCGCCUCCAGCCUGUCCCGCGAGAGCCUGGGCGGCCUGCAGGGACCCGAGGUCACCUCCACACACAUGGUCAAGACCAUGCUGAGCUACGUAUGGCCAAAGAACGAGCCCGAUAGCCGGCGCCGCGUGAUGGCCGCCCUCGGCCUCCUGGUCGGCGCCAAGCUGGUCAACGUCCAGGUGCCGUUCAUCUUCAAGGCGCUGGUCGACUACCUGAACGAGCAGACGGGCCAGACGCUGGCGCUGGUCGAGCCGGUGGCCACCGUGGCCACCUACGCCACCGCCCUCGUCCUUGGAUACGGCAUCGCGCGGGCCGGGGCGGCCGGCUUCAACGAGCUGAGGAACGCCGUGUUCGCCAAGGUGGCGCAGCGCUCCAUCCGCAAGGUGGCGCGCAAUGUCUUCCUGCACCUGCACCAGCUCGACAUGGGCUUCCACCUGAGCCGACAGACGGGCGCGCUGUCCAAGGCCAUCGACAGAGGAAGCCGUGGCAUCAACUUCGUUCUUUCGGCACUAGUAUUCAAUGUCGCCCCCACGAUAUUCGAAGUCAGCUUGGUUAGCGGAAUUCUGUGGUACAGCUGCGGCCCGGCGUUCGCGCUCGUCACCAUGGGCUGCAUCGGCUCCUACACGGCCCUCACGCUGGGCAUCACGCAGUGGCGCACCAAGUUCCGUGUCCAGAUGAACAGGGCCGACAACGAGGCCGGAAACAAGGCCAUCGACUCGCUCAUCAACUACGAAACUGUUAAGUACUUCAACAACGAGCGGUACGAGGCGGACCAGUACGACGCCGUGCUGGCCAAGUACGAGCACGCUUCGCUGAAGACCACCACGUCUCUGGCGCUGCUCAACUUCUCGCAGAACGCCGUGUUCAGCACGGCGCUGGCCGCCAUCAUGGUGCUGGCCAGCCGGGAGAUCGUCAACGGGACGAUGAGCGUCGGCGACUUGGUGAUGGUCAACGGACUGCUGUUUCAGCUCUCCGUCCCGCUCAACUUCCUGGGCUCGGUGUACCGCGAAGUGCGCCAGGCCCUGAUUGACAUGAAGGCCAUGUUCACGCUGCUCAGCGUGGUGCCGGCAGUCCAGAACAAGGUGGAGGCGCCGGCCCUGCAGGUCAGCCCCCAGACGGCCGCCAUCACUUUCGACGACGUGGGCUUCCGCUACCUGGCCGACCAGCCGAUCCUGCGCGGCCUGUCGCUGACGGUGCCGGCCGGCCAGAAGGUGGCCAUCGUCGGCGGCUCGGGCUCUGGAAAGUCCACCAUUAUCCGGUUGCUGUACCGGUUCUUCGAGCCGCAGUCGGGCGCCAUCUCGAUCGCUGGCCAGAACAUCCAGGACGUGGAUCUGGACUCGUUACGCCGCGCCAUCGCCGUCGUGCCGCAGGACUCGGUGCUGUUCCACGACACCAUCUACCACAACCUGGCGUACGGCGAUCUGAGCAGGCCCCGCGAGGACGUGUACGAGGCGGCCAAGAUGGCCGACCUGCACGGCUCCAUCCUCACCUGGCCCAACGGAUACGACACGCAGGUGGGGGAGCGAGGCCUGAAGCUGUCCGGCGGCGAGAAGCAGAGGGUGGCCAUAGCGCGCGCCAUCCUCAAGGACUCGCCCAUCCUCAUCUUUGACGAGGCUACCUCGUCACUGGACUCCAUCACAGAGGGGAACAUCAUGGACGCGCUGCGACGCGCCACCAAAGGGCGCACAUCCAUCUGCAUUGCACACCGGCUGUCCACGGUGCUGGACGCCGACCAGAUCCUGGUGCUGGGCGGCGGCCGCGUGGUGGAGCACGGCACGCAUGCCGAGCUGCUGCGCAACCCCAGCGGCCUCUACACGCGACUCUGGCAGUCGCAGUAUCAUAACGGCGAGGCGUGAUGGCGCCACCGUCGCCGCAGGCUGGCGUCUGUAUGGGGUUCGGCGCUCGGUACUUCGUCCAGCGGUUGGUGCCGCAGGCGUACCAUGGCAGCAACGAGGUGUUGGUCUGGGUUCGAUUGGCGCUCAAGCUUCGUAGGGGCGUGCUCCAGCCCGCGGAGUAUCGGUACGGAGGUGGCGCGCAGGUAGAAUAUGGAACCUCGUCGGAUGUUAGACAAUAGCAGUAUUGGUAAGCGGGGUGGUCGGGAGGCCCACUUGAGUUGUGAUCUUUGAAGACUCACACCACGCAAGUGCCGCUGUUUGCAGGGUGGGCUGGCCUGCCUGGUCUGGAGUAGAAGUGCACUGAAAUGCCCGAUCGUCAUCGCCAAAGCCACUGAUGUUUGAAGUGUCUCGUCAGCCUUGUAUACGGGUGGAGUGGACUUGUGUGUGGGAUGAGAGCCGUAGGGCGCCCCUUUUCUCUGCCGUCACCGGAGAAGAUUUGUUCCCGGUGCACGGGGAAUCUGUUUGUAUGCGUUUUUGGAAGCUCGUCUGGGGUCUGAGAUCACCUGCCCAGUCUGAACAAAGCCGUCCGCAUCGUCACUUGCUGAGAUCAACCUUUUCACGGAACGCAGCAAAGUGAGACAUUGAUUGGAGUUUUCCAAGUAGCUCUGCAGUAGAUGUUUACGGUGAUGAUCCGAGCGGGUGAUUAGGAUAAAGGUGCGGGGCCUUUUACACAGCCAUAUAUCCGUCAGUUGUUAUCAACCGCGCCGACACUGGACCGAAUUACCGUUAUCCGUCGGACAUGUGAGUGUUAAUUUGUGAUAGCGCUGUUGAGCUUACCCUUCGUGUUUCUGGUGGAAUGCUGAUCCCUUUUACAUGUGACGUUGACGCUGUUCUUAAAUAGCAUGCGUCAAUGUUUGGUUACAGUUGGCAUCUGGUCAGGUAACGGAAAAUAAAGACGUCGCGUUUGA